AUGGACGAGAAAGAGAAAAAACGGGUAGCAAUUAAAUUUUGCUGCAAAGCAGAUUUUUCAGCGGCAAAAACAUUCGAACUGAUUCAAAAGGCGUACGGUGAGUCAGCAUUGAGUCGGAUAUCCGUUUUUGAGUGGCACAAACGUUUUCGUGAGGGCCGGGAGACAGUGAAGGACGACGAACGCAGUGGUCGGCCGACAGUAACUCGGACCAACGAGAACAUCGCAGCUGUCGCUAAAUUGAUUAAAGAAGAUCGGAAUGUGACGUCUCGGAUGAUAGAAGAAAUACUAAACAUCCCCAAAACAGUGGUUUUGCGGAUCUUGCGCGAAGAUUUGAACAAGCGAAAGCUGUGUGCAAGGUUUAUCCCACAUGCUCUAACACAAGAACAAAUGGACGAUCGAAUUGAGUAUUGUCAAGACUUGUUAUCUAUGAUUGACCGUGACGAGAACUUUUUAGAUAAGAUUAUUACUGGUGACGAGACUUGGUGUUUCGCCUACGAUCCGGAAACAAAACGUCAGAGUUCCGAAUGGGUCGGCGAAUCCUCUCCAAGACCGAAAAAAUUGCGCUUCCAAAAAUCAAGAGUGAAGACGAUGUUGAUCGUGUUUUUCGAUAGCAGUGGCAUCGUUUAUAAAGAAUUCGUACCUCAAG